UAGUUUUCAGUCGAAGAGUGGAGCGGCAAAGUGGAUGACCUGUGAGAGAAAGAAGCCAGCCGGCGUCCAUACUAAGUUCCCGGCUAUCGAAUUGGACUUCAAACGCGUAAGCAGACACGUUAUAUUCACGCCUUGACAUUCAAGUCAACAACUGUGACACUUUUGACGGGAUAUGUCGUUCGAAUGAGGAGCUUGGGCCGAGGGAAAGGCGCCAAACUUGGACGACUCCUGGCCAUGUGCAGGUCAUUUCUCGCCUCAUUUUUUCGCCAAUCUUCUCUCCCGUUCGACUAAGAAAGACUGAGGGUUGUAAAUUCCAGUCGUCAUGACGGAAAUGAGCGAGAAGGAGAAUGAGCCACAGCGGCGGGACCUCCAGAGAGCACCGGCUACUGUGCCCAGCCAAGCAGAGUCCAAGCUGCAGCGUCUGAAGCGCUCGCUGUCCUUCAAGUCUGUGAUGCGCAGCAAAAGCGUGGACAACUUCUUCCAGCGGAGCAAUGGCGACUCGCGACCACCCUGCACGCUCAUCAUCGCUCCUUCGCCGCCGCCCGCCUUGUCCGAGUCACCCCUGGCCUACGAGCGGUCGCCCGCUCUCUCGCCGGCCGUCAGCCCGAACCCGUCACUGUCCGAGUUGUCGCGCUCGCCCUCCGUCAGUCCCUCGCUGUCUCUGAGCGCCAAGGUUCAGCUCAAGUCUGCGGCCCCGCCCGCAGCGCCUCUCAAGACUCACAGUUUCCACGAGCACGUCUUCCGCAGGCCGACCGGCUGCGAGCGAUGCAAACAUGUGAUCCAAGGCAACUCCAAGCAAGGUCUGCGUUGCAAAGCCUGCAAACUCGCGGCUCACCUGUGGUGCUCGUCGGAGCUGUCUCAGCAGCCGUGCAAUGGCAAGACGGGAGCUUUUAAGCGAAACUUCAGCUCGCCUCUACUAACCACCGAGUCGCUGGGCGUCGUCAGGGAGACUCCUGAUGUGCAGGAGGUGGACCGCGCCACGGUGGACCCCGUGUACGAAGCGCUGCGCUAUGGGACGUCGCUGGCCCAGAUGAGUCGCUGCAGCUUCGGCAGCAUCUCCGAGUCGCCCUGCCACGAGGCUGAGAAGUUCCCUGACAAGCUGGAGAAUCAGCCAAUCGCCGAAGAGGAACCCAUUCCAGGAAUGCUCACCCCUCCCGAAAGCGAGAAGGCAGAUUCCGAAGAGCGAGUCAGCCUAAAGACUCCCAAGCGUGUGGAAGUCCACUCCAUGCACACCUAUGUGGCUCUCUACAAGUUCCUGCCUCAGGAGAACAACGAUUUGGAACUACAGCCCGGCGAUCGUGUCAAAGUCACAGAUGACUCCAAUGAGGACUGGUGGAAGGGGAAAAGCCGCAGCAAGGUGGGAUAUUUCCCUGCCAACUUUGUGCAGCGAGUGCGUCCUGGCGAGCGAGUGUGGAAGGUCAUGGCUGGUUUCCACGGCAACAGAGACAAAGGCCAGAUGACGGUGAAAGAGGCCCAGAUCUGCGUGGGCAAGAACGAGGAGACGGACGGCUUCCUGCGGCUGAGCAGUGGCAAGAAGCGAGGCUUAGUGCCGGUGGACAUUUUGUUUGAAAUAUGACACCGGAUAAUAAUAAUAAUAAUAAUAAUAAGAGUACUUGACUUGUUAUAAUUAUCAGAAAUUGACAGAGGAACCCUCGGGAAUGCUUCCCUCCCAACCCCUCUCAAAACGCCCUCGCCGACGGCCAUAAAAUGAACAGCUGGCGUAGGGAAUAACGGCUUGUCUCGUUUUGUUUUCUUCAGGGCUACUUUUGAUGUAGCGCAAAUGUGGGAAAUGUAGCAUCACGGGGGGGGGGGGGGGCAAAAGCGAUGUCAGGCUACCUCACCGCUAACUGGGAAAGCUCGAUAGGGCUGCAGGGUGCCUACGGGGAGACUUGUGUGUCACGCAUUCAGUCCUGUAUUCAAUAUGGGUGCCUGAUAAUAAUCAUUAAAAAAUGGAUAUUAGUUAGAAAAAAAUUGUGACACUUUCCCGUCAAAUCUCAGAUGCAGUGGAACCUCCAAAGUGGAACGCGGAGCUUCUCUCAUCGUUUUGAAGGUAGUCAUUACCUGUGAGCUACAUGCUAUUUAUGACUUUGAGAUAGCUAUAUAUAAACAGUAAACUGCAGUAAUAUUUAUCAUUUUUUGCACAGGACAAACAAUACAUGCCCGUGACUAUUUUUAUAUUAUAUGUCCACACUGUUUGCGAUUAAAUAUCCUUAGCUUGAAUGGUUAACACACACAACAUGCUAUUCAUUAUACGAUGGCAUUUUGCAGUAUUUCAUAGCAUAAGAAAUGAACACAUAAAUCUUAAUUAAUCAGUUGUAGGGAAAAAAAAUAAUGCGGCUUUAUUGUAGGACUCCUUAUAAUGUCAAAUGUUAAGAGUGGACCAUAAUUUGUCCUGCCUUGAGGCCUUACGAGAUUUUGCACGCGACGUCGUUUUGAUUCCAAAUUUAUUUCCAACUCUCGGGGCGUUCCACUUUUUGGAAGAUCUACGUUGCACUGCUCUCGCGAUUGACACUACCACCGCGCAGAUGCGCCUUUGGUAGUCUCGUCACAUGAUAAUUUCACCACUUCCAAUUUGCCUUAUCUGCUGUACUCAUACUGUACGUAUGGUCACAUUAUGUGACCGUUUCUUGUCAAGGUGGCAUCUCUCGCAACGUUUAAAAAAAAAAAAACAAUAAAUGGCAUCAAAGCAAUAAAACAUGGCCAGCCUUCUCGUGACACGCUACUCGAAAUAGUAAAGCCAUGCAGGAAGGGACUAAUCAGUGCAUUGAUAUCCCAACAAUAGCAGAGCAUCACUUACAGUUUUCAUUGGCAUGCCUACUGCAUCUUUGGCCAGUUUCUCCCAUGACACGUCUGACAAGUACUCAUUCAGAUUCCUCUUUGCAGCUUGCAAAGCAAAAUGUGGAAAAAGUAAAAGCCCAGUGAACACUUUGCACUCUUUAUCUAUUUACUCGACUAAGCCCGAAAACUAUGCACAGCCCAUGUCGUCGCUCGCUUUGUUUUGUCUACACACACGUACAGUCACACACACUUGGGCUCAGGACCAUUUAUUGACAGGCCAUAUCACUUUUCGGCGUUACCCAAUAAAGUGCGAUGAACCCUC